AUGUAAAGGUAAUAACAUAAUCAUGAUAGUAUUAAAUAUUCAAUUGCGGCUUUUUGUUCCUCUUUUUGUGUAUAAAUAUUUCAUCCCUUUGAUUUAAUAAAAUUUCGUUUUUAAAGUCAUGAUGGCAAAAAUACAUUAAAUUUAGUUCCAAAAUAUACUUCUAUAAAUAAUGCUUUCUAAACGAUAUAUUAUUAGGAAGGCUUUAAAGGCUUAUAUAAGGGAUUUUGGUGGUCUUUUUUUGCAUAAUCAACGAGCAGAAUAUUAUUUUUUACAAUAUACGAAAACGUAAGAAAUAGAUUAGAAGAACAUUCAAAUACAUUAUAAAAAGAUGUUUAAAUUUUCAUAUCUUCAACAACUAGUGGUAUUAUUGCUAGUUUCAUAACUACUCCUAUGUGGAUAAUAAAAACACGUAUGUUAUUAAAUACAAAAUAAAUAGAUGGAUUUCAUAAUUUAAGUAGUACAAUUUCAUAAAUAUACAAUAAACAUGGAAUUCCUGGAUUUUGGAGAGGAUUAAUUGUAAGCAUCCCUUUAUGUUUACAUGGAAUUAUUUAAAUGUCUACUUUUGAGAAGUUUAUGGAAAUUACCAGAAAAUUUUCUGAUAAAGAUUAUUAUAAUUUGAGGUCUGCUGCAGCUGGAUUUGUCAGUAAAUUAGUAGCAAUUUUUAUUACUUAUCCUUUGUAAACAUUUAGGACAAGAAUUUAAUAGAAUUAAUAUUUUGUGGAAUUAAAUGGACCCAAAUAUAAAAGUAAUAUUGAUGUUAUUAUAAAAUUGUAUAAAUACGAAGGAUUCAAAAAUGCUUAUAAGGGUAUUAGUGCGAGUUUAUUGCUAAAUUUACCAUCAAAUUCAGUAUAUUUUUUUUGUUAUGAAACUUCUAAAAAAUUGCUGGGAAUUUCUAGGGAUUAAAAAGCUUUAUAAUAAGAAAAAAUUUAAUGA